GCCUGUAAGUAUCACCACGUGUUCCCACGUUGCUGUCUGACCGCAUUAAGUGUUUCUAACGGAGAUAAGUUGGUGUGAUGCUCGCAAAGGAUCUGUUGAACCCGAGUCCCGAGGUGGAAAAGAGGAGACACAAGAAGAAACGUCUUGUGCAGAGUCCUAAUUCAUAUUUUAUGGAUGUCAAAUGUCCAGGCUGCUACAAGAUCACCACAGUGUUCAGCCACGCUCAGACUGUGGUGCUGUGUGUCGGCUGUUCCACGGUCCUCUGCCAGCCCACGGGGGGGAAAGCUCGACUGACAGAAGGCUGUUCAUUCAGAAGGAAACAGCACUAGUUGGACACCAUUGAGGAGGAGAAUGAUGAAAACUUGAUGGACUUCAAGUAUCACUGCCACGGAGCUGAUGCAGCAAUCAGGGAAUGGAGAGCGGGGAUACAAAUCAUUUCUAUUGUCAGAAAUGUUUGGUCUUGUUUUCGACCCCAUCACUACCACAAAUCCAAUUCUUACUGCUUAAUAAACUUAGGGUUAGGGAUAAAAUAAUCCUGCACGUUUGUCAUCCAUUUUUGUUUUGAAAUCACUUGAUGGCUCUUAAAUUGUCUGGUCAACAUCAGGCCACAAAUCUUCACUCUGCACAGCUGAAUAUCUGUGUGUUAGAGCUGGGAACAAAUUCAGACACUAACACAUACAUAUACCAAGUUAUUGCCACUGUGAAGUGAACAUUUAAGAGACAAUGAUUUUAUCUGUGCCUGCUUCAAAGCCAGUGGUGUGGGUGCAGGGCAGGGCGUCCUGCUCUGCCUGAACGAGGCUCGAUUCAGAGAAACACACUUCCUGUGUUUCCUGCUGCUUGUAAAACAGUGUUGUGACACUACAUGGAAUCACAAUGAACAUCCAUUAUGGCUGUGAAUUUUUCUGUGCUUGCGAGCUUCCUGUGAAAAUGUUAAUGCAGAAUAAAUUCUGGUGGAGUUGGGGAAAAGUGGGAGUAGGAACAUGUAGAGGAAUCACACUAGUUUAAAAAUUUGUGACCCAUAAUUUUUCCUCAGCCUUUGUUUGGGGUUAUGAUCGUGUUCUUCUUAUAGCAAUGAGUUGUACACUGAAUAAAGACGAAUCAGAAGAGGGAAUGAUUCAAUGACAACUUCCUCUUGCUAUAGUGAUAUUCUUAUUGUGUCUUGCUUACAUAUUGGACACAGCUUGCAAAUAAAGUCAUGGGAAAGAUUCAA